AUGGAUAUUUUCUCCAUAUUCAAGGCGAUCGACAAGAUGCUCAAGGACAGGGCCGCUCGCUUCCAAGACGCACACAAACUUGGUAUCGUCAAAGCAACCGUGUCAGACUCGACAGAAUCGAAUUCCACCAAGCCCAACUCGACUACCUUCAUCAAGCUCGGUCAACAGUUUGAAGUCCUUGUCAACACCCAUGCUCUCACGCACGAUGAUAUUGUAUGCACUUAG